AAAUACUGUGUUGCCAGGUUGGACAGAAAUCCUCCUUUUUAACAGAAGAGCGGAGGGCUUUUCUCACGUAGCUGCCGAGGCGUUUUCCUGGCGGAUCGACAGCAACAGAUCUGGUCUCCGGGAAGACCUGUCCUCUGAUGAGGAAGAACCAAGCGACGGAGAUGAGCGAAGGGCGUUUAUUUCCCGGAUUUAACCCCCGCUGGACGCCUGACAGUCUGUGAUUAUCCGUCAGGUGCCUCCGCCGUUCCUCCUGGAGGCCUCAGCCGGGGAUUUAUGAACCCGCACCGCCGCUUCCUCCUCGGAUUGACGGCCGGCCUGACAUCACCGACGCCCCGGUGAAUCAUCGCCUCCAUCCGGGGGGUCCGGGGAUGCUGUCACCGUCGCUGCACCCUUAAAACCGCGCAGCCGAGCCCCGCACACGCCCGCCCAGCCGUCGGAUUAGAACAGCUCCGGAGGCAGCAUGGAGGAAAUCCUGAGAAAACUGCAGAAAGACGCGUCCGGCCACAAAAACAAAGGCAUCCGCGACGCCUGCGUGUUCGCCUGCGAAACUCUCGAGUCUCAGAAUGGAUCUUCCAAGAUUUCCCCUUCACAGCUUCGAGAGCGCUGCCUGCUGCCUCUACAGAUGGCUCUGGAGUCCAAAAACACCAAACUGGGACAGACGGCGCUUACUGGCAUGCAGAAGCUCCUGUGCGAGGACCGGUUUGUGGGCGCUGUCGGUGUGGAGGUGGAGGUGCUGGAGAAGCAGCUGCUCAGCCAGAUGUUGGAGGCCAUCAGGAUCACCCCGUCUCUCCACGAAGACCUGCAGGUGGAAGUCAUGAAGGUCCUGCUGUGCAUCACCUACUCGCCAAACUUUGACAUUAAUGGAGACUCCAUCCUGCGGAUUGCAGAGGUGUGCAUCAAGACCUACGUGUCGAGCUGCCACCAGCGCAGCAUCAACACGGCGGUGAGGGCGACGCUGAGCCAGAUUCUGGGAGACCUGACGCUGCAGCUGCGCCACAGACAGGAGGGUGCUGAUGGAGAUGAGGUGACUGCACCCCCGCUGCAGAGAAGAGAUAUUUCUCCCACCAGCCAGGCGCUGUGUGAGGACGUGGUGACGGUUCUGACCGUUUUCUGUGAAAAACUGGAGUCGGUGGACAGUGACAACCAGCUGCUGCAGCUGCUCUACUUGGAGUGCAUCCUCUCUAUGCUCAGCAGCUGCCCUCCCACAAUGCACCUGUCCAGAGGCUUCACCGACCUGGUGUGGAAGCAGCUGUGUCCGUCUCUGGUGGCCAUCAUGGGAAACCCCGUCAACGAUAAAACCAUCGCCUCCCAUCACGGCUACAUGCCGGCUUCAGAACGAGAUCGGCUCUCGGAGAGACUCAGUCUGGGAGUCAGCCAGGAGGUGGACCCCUCUACCGGGGGAGUGUCCGAUCAGGGCCGAGGGUCCGGCUGCUCCUCCAGCGCCCCCGCCAGGAUCGCUCCGGUAGUGCGGACGGUGUGCUACAUCGCGGCAGAGCUGGUGCGUCUGGUGAGCUGCGUGGAGUCGAUGAAGCCGGUGCUGCAGUCGCUCUACCACCGGAUCCUGCUGUACCCGCCUCCCCAGCACCGAACCGAGGCCAUCCGCAUCAUGAAGGAGAUUCUGGGCAGCCCCCAGCGGCUCUACGACCUGGCCGGUCCCUGCAUGGCUGAACCUGAAACCAGGAAGCGCUCCUUCUCAAAGAGGAAGUCUCACCUGGACCUGCUGAAGCUAGUGAUGGACGGGAUGACGGAGGCCUGUAUGAAGGGAGGCAUCGAGGCCUGUUACUCCUCUGUUUCCUGUGCUUGUGCUCUGCUCAGUGCUCUGGAUGAACUGUCACAGGGCCGCGGCAUCCAGCCUGAACAGGCUCGACUCCUCCUCAGACGACUGGACGAUCUGAAAGAUGGAACCGAGUCGACCCGUGAGUCCAUGGAGAUCAACGAGGCCGACUUCAGGUGGCAGAGACACAUCCUGUCCUCAGAGCAGCCUCAGUGGGACCCCAGCUCCUCCUCCUCCAACGUGGCCACCACCGGGGCCACCGAGCGCAGCCCCGACAUCAGCAUCAGCAUCACCACGGAGACGGGACAGACCACGCUGGACCUGGAGGUGGGGGAGCUGGGCAUGGCUCCGGGACACACCACUCCUGAGGAAUGCGGCGAGGAAGCGCGACUCCCAUCGCCCUCGUCCUGCAGCGGUCAGGAGGCGACCAAACCGAGCCCCGGACCGGACCAGGGGAGCCAGAGGGAGGAAGGAGGAGGAGGAGGAGCAGUGGAGGUGGAGGGACGAGUAGAGAAAGAGCGAAGAGGAGGAGGAGGAGGAGAAAGAGGAGGUGCAGUUCCUCCAGAUGUGGUGCAGAGGAGUCACGCCCUCGUCUACCCCGACAUCACCAACUUCCUGUCGGUGGAGUCCAGGACGCGGUCGCAUCACGGGGGAGGGUCACGAUACAGCGAGAGCAACUUCAGCAGUAUGGAGGAGCAGGACUUGUCCCGGACCGAGUUCGACUCCUGUGAUCAGUACUCCAUGGCUGCUGAGAAGGACUCGGGCCGCUCCGAUGUUUCCGACAUUGGUUCUGACAACGUCUCUCUGGCCGACGAGGAGCAGCAGACGCCUCGGGACUGCCCUGGUCACCGCUCGCUGAGAACCGCCGCCCUGUCUCUCAAACUGCUGCGAAACCAGGAGGCCGACCAGCAGAGCGCCAGGCUGUUCGUCCAAUCGCUGGCGGCGCUGCUGCCGAGGCUGCUGGGACUGGCCACCGCCACCGAGGUGGACCUGUCGCUGCAGAACUUCUCCUCCACGUUUUGCUCCGGACUGCAGGCGGGUGGGAUUCACUCUCCGGGCUUUGAAGCAGGUGACACUCUGAGCUGUCAGUCCCUGAUGAACGCCGACGGCCUCUACCUGGUGUCUUACUACGCUCUGCUGCUCAAUCUCAAGCUCUGCUGCUGCGACUAUUACAGACGGCGAGCGCUCGCACCCGUCCUCAGCCUGAAGGAAUUUGUGCGUCUGAUCCAGAGCAGCGGCGUCCUCGUGGUCCUGUCUCAGGCCUGGAUCGAGGAGCUCUACCACCAGGUGUUGGAGAGAAACCUGUUGGGUGAAGCUGGAUACUGGGGCUCCCUGGAGGACCACACUCUGCCCCUCAUCACCAUGCUGACAGAUAUUGACGGUUUGGGCAGCAGUGCGAUUGGAGGUCAGCUGAUCAGAAGGGCGUCCAGCCAAUCCCCUCUCAGCUGUGACAAGACAGGAAGUGACACGGCGAUGGCAGGAGCUGUGUUCUCCCGCUUCAUCCUCACCGGCGUGUGGAAGAACCUGAUCGACGUUCUGUCCACGCCGCUGACGGGUCGCAUGGCUGGCAGCUCCAAGGGCCUGGCCUUCAUCCUGGGAGCCGAGGGGGUCAAAGAGCAGAGCCAGAGGGAGAGAGACACCAUCUGUCUGAGCUUAGACGGCCUCCGCAAAGCAGCAGCGCUCAGCUGUGCUCUGGGUGUGGCUGCCAACUGUGCAUCAGCUUUAGCCCAGAUGGCUGCAGCCUCCUGUGUUCAAGAAGAGAAGGAAGAGAAGGAGGUUGGAGAGACUGGAGACGCCAUUACACAAGUGAAGCAGCGUGUUGAGCAGCGUCUGGAGCAGAUCGGUCGUCCUCAGGGAGUUCGUCUCCACACGGCUCAUGUGUUGUGUAUGGACGCCAUCCUGAACGUGGGUCUGGAGAUGGGCAGCCACAACCACGACUGCUGGCCGCAUGUCUUCAGGGUGACGGAGUACAUCAGCUCUCUGGAGCACACCCACUUCAGCGAUGGCUCCUCACAGACGUCCUCCCUGACCACCAUCACCCAGCAGAGCCAGCAUGCGGCCGGCAUCGACCUGGGCCUGGAGCUGAGCUGUGAGCCCAGUCCGGAGGCCUCGGAGCUGAGCCUGAGCCAGCCGGUCAUCCAGCCGCUGUCCAUCCAGGAGCUGCUGAGGGAGAGCAGCCGAGGAGGCCGAGGCCUGGACCUGAAGACCGGCAGCCUGAUGACCGGAACCAGUGCCGCCAAGGCUGUUUGUACACUGUCAACACAAGCUGACAGGUUGUUUGAGGAAGCAGCUACUAAGCUAAACCUGGUUGGUUUGGUUGGUUUCCUGCAGCAGCUGAGAAAAGCUUCUCAGUCGCAGCUGUUCGACUCCGUUACUGAGACUGGAGACUAUUCUCUGGCAAUGCCGGGAGAAGCCAAGUCAACGCUGGACCGACGCAGCGCCCUCCAUCUCUUCCGUCUCGGUGAGGCGAUGCUGAGAAUCGUCAGGAACAAGAGCCGCCCUCUGCUGCACAUGAUGAGGGCCUGGAGCGUGGUGGCGCCACAUCUGGUGGAGGCUGCCUGUCACAAAGAGCGCCACGUGUCCCAGAAGGCCGUUUCCUUCAUCCACGACGUUCUGACGGAGGUGCUGACCAGCUGGGCCGAGCUUCCACACUUCCACUUCAAUGAGGCGCUCUUCAGGCCUUUUGAGCACAUCAUGCAGCUGGAGCUGUGCGACGAGGACGUGCAGGAUCAGGUGAUAACAUCAAUCGGAGAGCUGGUGGAGAUGUGUUCUCCUCAGAUCCUGUCUGGAUGGAGGCCUCUGUUCAGCGCUCUGAGGACCGUCCACGGCAGCAAGACCGACACCAAAGACUACCUGCUGGGAGAAUACUCCAUGGGGAAGUCCCAGGCGCCGGUGUUCGACGUCUUUGAGGCUUUCAUCAACACUGACAACAUCCAGGUUUUUGCCAACGCUGCCACCGACUACAUCAUGUGCCUCAUGAAGUUCGUUAAAGGCUUAGGAGAGGUGGACUAUAAAGAAAUUGGAGACUGUGUCCAUGUUUCAGGUUACAGCUCCACUGACCUCUGCCUGCCGGCUCUCGACUACCUUCGCAAAUGUUCGCAGCUGCUUGCAAAGAUCUACAAGAUGCCGUCCAAACCGGUGUUUUUAGGAGCACGACUCGCCAGCCUGCCAAUGAGAUCACAGGAACGAUCGAUCAGCAGCGAGGACGGGAUGGACUGUGUCCUCCAGGAGUUCGACGAUGACACAGGUUUGAUCCAGGUGUGGAUUUUAUUGUUGGAGCAGCUCACAGCAGCGGUUUCAAACUGUCCUCGACAACAUCAACCUCCGACCCUGGAGCUGCUCUUCACUCUGCUCAGAGAGGUCACCACUGUACCAGGUCCGGGCUUCGCCAUCUUCUCCGUCAUCCAGCUGCUACUUCCUGUGAUGUCACUGUGGCUGCAGCGUAGCCAUGGCGACCACUCCUACUGGGAUGUGGCGGCGGCGAACUUCAAACACGCCAUCGGCCUGUCAUGUGAGCUGGUGGUGGAGCACGUCAACAGCUUCAUACACUCCGAUAUCGGCUACGAGUCGCUGAUCAACCUGAUGCUGAAGGAUCUGUUCAAGCUGCUGGUGGCCUGUGUGUCUGAACCUGCGGAGACCAUCUCCAGAGUCGGCUGCUCCUGCAUCAGGUAUGUGCUGGUCACAGUGGGUCCGGUGUUCACGGAGGAGAUGUGGAGGUUGGCCUGCUGUGCUCUGCAGGACGCUUUCUCUGCCACCUUAGAGCCCGUCAAGAACCUCCUGGCUUGUUUUCAUAGCGGCUCUGACAGUUUUUCUGGAGACGCCUGCGAGGUGAAGGUAGCAGCUCCGUCUCAUUCGCCUUCAGCCGAGGCUGAGUACUGGAGGAUCAAAGCUAUGGCUCAGCAGGUCUUCAUGUUGGACACCCAGUGCUCUCCAAAGACUCCCAACAACAAGGACGGCUUUGAGCACGCCCAGUCCUGCGUUCUGAUCAUCGAGCUGCCGUCCGACCAGCAGUCCAACGGACACACUCAGAAGAGGAUCCCGUUCCGGACCAUCGUGGUGAGUCUUCUGUCCCACCAGGUUCUUCUCCAGAACCUCUACGACAUCCUGCUGGAGGAGUUUGUCAAGCAGCCCGAAGGUAAUGAAAGAGUCACACCGGUGACCUCCGACCCCAGCAGACCCACAGCCGGCUUCCUGCGCUACAUCUCCAUGACAAACUUAGCCAUAAUCCUGGACCUGCUGCUGGACUCCUACAGGACAGCGCGGGACUUUGACACCCGUCCGGGUCUGAAAUACCUGCUGAUGAAGGUUUCAGGUGUUUGUGGAGCAGCAAAUCUGUACCGUCAGUCUGCUAUGAGCUUCAACCUUUACUUCCAGGCCCUGCUGUGUGCUACACUGAGCCAGGCUGACAGCAUGACGGCACAGCAGGUGAAGAGGAUCCUGUAUGAGGAAGAGGAGGGGAGCUCCGACUCCUCUCAUCCCGGCUCUGCUUCCUCAGAGGAUGAAGACAUCUUUGAAGAAACAGCACAGGUGAGCCCUCCUCGCGGCCGGGAUAAGCGUCAUCCGUGGCGAGCUCCGGUCCCGUCGCUCAGCGUGCAGCCGCUAGGCAGCGCCGACUGGGCCUGGCUGGUCAAACGCCUCUACAAGCUGUGCAUGGAUCUGUGCAACAGCUACAUCCAGAUGCACCGCGACCUGGAGAGCACGCUGGAGGAGACGGCGCUGCUGAGGGGGAGCAUCGGAGGGGGAGGAGAUCACGUGUUCUUCCUGCCUCUGUUCCAGUCCGAGGCAUCCACGCCGACGUCUGCCGGCGGGCUCUCGACGAGGGGGACACCGUCAGAGGAAGGCAGCUACAGGUGUCAGACGGCAGAUAUAAGCGCAGCAUCACCAGGAGACACACCGACACCGAGUCCAGGAUUCAGCUGCACAGGAAGUCUUCCCCACCACUUCCGAACCGGAGGCGAGAGGAGGGACUCCGGCAUCGUGGGAACCUCGGUGGGCGGAGCUCCUGGCAGCGCCGGACCGGGAAGGAGGAAGGAAUGGUGGGAAAGCGCCGGAAACAAACUGUACACCAUCGCCACGGACAAAACCAUCAGCAAGCUGAUGAUGGAGUACAAGCGGCGGAAACAGCAGCAGCAGCAACCUCAGCAGAGCCACGUCAACCUGUUCAUGAAGGAGCAGGGCCGGACGGCGGCAGCGGGAGGCGUCGGGGACCGGAGGGGCCCGGUGGAGCCUCAGAGGCCCCCACAGAGGCCCCAGCAGCUGGUGGACCAGCAGGGACCCCCACUGAGGCACUCAGUCAGCGCAGGACCAGAAGUACUGAGGCAGGAGAAAAGGCCAAGAUCUGGAUCCACCAUCAGCUCCCACAGCAUCUCACUGAGGGACUCGGAGGCUCAGAUCCAGGCGUGGACCAACAUGGUCCUGACUCUCCUCAAUCAGGUCCUCCUGCUGUCGGACUCGUCCUUCCUGGCGCUGCAGCCGGCGCUCUAUCCCUGCCUCAGCCAGCUCUCCUGUCACGUCACCGACGCUCGGGUCCGCCAGGCGCUGAGAGAGUGGCUGGGCCGGGUCGGCAGGCUCUAUGACAUCAUAGUGUGACGCUGCAGCAAGGAAAUGUGAAAAACGCAGACUGUCGGUCAGUGAAGGAGGUAAACACAUGAAUUUGGAAAUUGGAAAGAUUGAUGAACCAUUUGGCUGAGUGUUGGCAAAAUGUUGCGUUGGUGGAACAGUCAUGAUCUUGACUGGGCGACUCGCAGCCUUUAAUGUCAUCACGCUGUACUGGUGAAGAACGCUGGCAGACAUUAAUAUGAAGGAUUUGUUGGCUGAUGAAGGAUGUGCAGACAAAAGAAGCCUUCUUUAUAGAAUGGAACUGAUUUGAUAGUAAAUGUGCCAUUUCUGCUCCUGUUUUUAGUUGAAUUUCUUCAUUUCCAGACCUCGAAAUGUGCAAGAAAACCAACAAACACGCAGCUAUUUAAUAUGAUUUGUUUGUUAUCGAGUUGCUGGCCUCACCUUGAUGUGGAUGCAAACAUAAAUGUGCACAUGUGCAGUGAGUUACAGCUGUUGUUUAUCUCCUGCAUAUUUUUCCGUCACGUGUUACUUUGUGGAACUUUGUGAAGUUUCAUUGUGAAGAAACAACCAUAUUUACAUCCACUGCAUUGCUCCAUUUCAAUGCAAUCAAAUGGGUUUUUUCUCUUUAUUUUACAUUUAACAUCUUACCAACACUGCACAUUAGCAUUGCUUCCUUCUGUACUCUGCAGUGAGGUGUGUCAUGUUGCGUUUGUGUGCUUGUACUCAUGUACUUGUAGAGUUUUUUACAAACAUUAAAACGUUACUCUGUAGCAAAACAAAAACUCCACAAGGCACCUUUAACCCUCUGAACUCCAAGCAGCAGUUUCUGGAUGUUUUUUGCUCCUGUCACAAUUUUUCUUCACUGUUGGCUCAUUUUUUUUUUACUGCAAUAUAAAGUCCUACACCUCUAUGAAAACAGAACAACCAUGACUACAAGGAGAAAGAACUCAGAAAUAUAUGUUUAUGCAGUAAGACACAGUUAAAAUGACGUAAAUCAUAAAUAUGACAAUCAAAAGUAGAAUUUUUUUGAUGUUAUUUGAAAAAAAUGAACAAAAUAUCCUAAAAUCCACAUGUACAACACUGAGUGAGCACAGGUGUCCCCAACACUGUAAACAAAAAUGGCAUAUUUGACAUACUAUGCAUAUAUUUCUUUAAACAAUCUCCUCUCUGUUCCGUGUAAAUGGAACCUGCAGUUCCGUGGAAGAGUUCUGAAUUUUUGUCAUGUGACUUUUGGUUGCAGCUAAAUCACUAAUGGUUUCACAGAUGCAUAAAAAAUGUAGAAUUUGUCAUUUUUUUACAGAAUCUAGUUAUUGCAAAUGUUUUUUUUUUUUUGUCAAAUUUCUAAUUAAGACAUGUAGAAUAAAGUGAUUUUGAUUUUAUAUCUGCACGGCACAUCACAGAUUAGUAGUUUCAGGACCAUCAGAACGUUGAAAAUUUCACCGUUUCCAGCUCUGAUAAAUAGUUUUAUCUGUUGAAUUAUUUUAAAGAUGGAACACUUUUCCAACCCAGCGGCAGGUUUUGCAGUUCAGAGGGUUAAGAGGAAACUAUAUUUUAUUUACAACCUGGCACAUAUUUUCAUCUUGGCCAUGUUUCCUCUGCUUGUUAUGAGAACAAUGCUGAAUUAUAAAAGGAACUUUGUGAGUCCUGAGAUUUUUUUCCACUUGCGAGGAGGAAGAAUUAACCGUGUCUCAGUUGUGCCGACAAUCUCCGACUGACAGCAAACCCUCGAGGAAUGUGACAUCAUAGCGAUUAGAGCUGAAGACCAAACCAAAAGCAAACCACCACGAUCUUGGACAUGAGUCAAAAAUGUCUGUCUAAAGGGUGGAGGUGAUAACAUAAACAGUUACUUCUGUUCUUUUAUUUCUUCAGAAUCACAGAGUGAGGCAUGGAGAAGGAAACUUGCCUUGCAUUUAAUCCGAUUGUAUGUGUGUUUCUGCCAUCGAUCCUCCAACUUUAAAUACACCUGCAACUGAAUGUCUUUAUUAUUCACUCUUGCUGAAAUCUUCUGCAACAAUCGAGUAUUUAUUUAAACCAAAUACAGCAUACAGUAUGUGUAAUUUUGAUCUUUAAUGCCUGCUACAUGUUAUUUUUCCUAUUUAUGUAUGUAUGCACAAGUGUGUAUUUAUGUAAAUGCUUCUUUAUUUUAAAUAUUUAAUGUCAUAUUGAGAUUAUUCUAUUUUUUGUGAGGCUUGGUUUUCUAUCUGAUCCUGUGCUAUUUAAUUUUCUUCUUCUCUGUGUUAAAGGGAAACCCUGUGAUUAACAGUGAAGCUACAACUGUCAGUGAUUGAUUCCCCCAAAGGUCGCUGAUGCUAAAUAUUCAUUUAAAGUCAGGUUGGUGAUGAAGCUUUUGGAUCUGCUUAAGCUUAAAAAUGCAUCUUAUGAUUAAAUCUGUUCAUUUACUCACUUAUUGACUUCUUUUGAAGUACCCAACACUUCUACUUAGUGGAUUCCUCUUUUAUUUAUUAAUUCAUCAAUCCUGUAGUCUAUAAAAUGCCAGAAAACAGCAAAAUUUCUCAGAGCCUCAGGUAAUGCUUUCAAGUAACUCUUUGUGUUCUAUUUAUAAUGGCGAAAGACAGGAAAAAGCAGCAAAUUUGGAUUUUUGUUUUAGCUGCUCAACUGACUUAUAUCAAAUUUCCUGAGGAGGAAUCACAUGCAGUCAAUCUGUUGCAAUCAGAUGAAAUGAAACUUCCUGAGCACGUUGCUCCUCCACAGAGGAUGAACCCUUUAAAUUUUAAUGACCUGCAGAGUACCAACCCUGUGAGAAACCUGACAUUUUUGCUCCGGUUUUAUGGCAAAAUUUGUGUAAAAUCUGUAAAAUUCUAAUCCAUAAGUUGUCCGUUCUUUCCUUUAACAUUCUUACCUACUAACCGUGAUAUUUGAGGACAAUCAGUUUCAGCUGCAACAAUAAAACCAAUGACAGAUGAAGCAAAUAAUCACUGAUUAUCUUGUUAGAAUGGCACCUGUUUUUGGGUGGGAUAUGUCAGGCAGCAAGUGGACAGUCAGUGUUGGAAGAAGGACAGAUGGGCAUUUGAAGGAUCUGAGUGACUUUGAAAAAUUGUGCUGACUAGGUGAUCGAUCAGAUCAUAUCCAAAAUGGACCAGUUUACCAAAAGUCAUCCAAGAAAGGAUGACCGUUGAACUAGCAACGAGGUCAUGGACACCCAGGACCCACUGAUGAACAUGUGGAGCAAGAGUAGUCCAAUCCUGAUCUUCCAUGUUGCAAAAACUGUUAAGGGAUGGUUUUGAGACUUCAACUUGGCCUCCAAGUUCCCCAGAUCUAAAUCCAGUUGAACAUCUGCAGGAUGUGCUUGAAAAAAAUCUGAUCCACGGAAGCCCCAUCCCUUAACUUCCUGGACUGAAAUGCUCUUGUGUUAGUAUUUUGGUGCUUAAAACCAUAGAACACCUUCAAAUGCCCAUGGAGUCCAGGACUCAACAGCUGAAAACUCUGCUGACUUCCACAUUAUUAGAUAGCAAGUUAAAAAUCAUGGCUGAUUGGUGUAUACUACCUCUUUGUAGUCAGAAAUCUGCAAACUGAAGAGUGUUAAUUGAGUAUUUCCAAAGAAAAAUGCUCUGCUCUCUCCUGGAUACCAAAAAUACAUUAAUGUAAGAACAUCAAGUAUGUUUAGACCAAAAAAAGGACUACAGAUGUCAUUAAAAUGAUAAUUUACAGUAUAUAACUGGCAUUACUCUGGGUUGCGGCAGCAGGCUGAGCUGAAGCUGCACUGACCUCCAUUCAUUCAUGUGUAUUUCAGUCCAGCUUAUGGCAGAAUGAAUGAAUGAAAGAAGAGAAGUGACGCUAACUUCAGCAGCUGGAACCAUAUUGAGGGCAGGCAGUAGGUCGGGGAGGGCGGGGCGUCUGACGCUAGUAAGAAGAUUUACUCUUCUUUUUUCAACCAGUUCAUCAGCAGCUGAGGUUUUUUCAUUUAUGCUCUCACUUCACCGGCUUCUUCUGUGGCUCCAUUCACUCCUUUGUGCAAAUUAUCUCUUGUAUUUGGUGCAGAGUUGGUUACUGAUAGGGUUGGACUUCAUCACCAUCUUUAACCAACCAAGUGCUCCUGUGUUUAAGGCUCCUAUUUGUCACCAAGAAGUAAAAUUAGUUCCUGACACCUUCAAGUCCUUCAAAAUAGCAUUAAAAUAUGGUUUUCUGUUAUUUGUUUGUCCAGAGAAACUACUUCUGAUGGAACUUGAGGCUUCAUCUCAUCCAUAGUUGUUGAGAUAAGACACAAAACCUAAAUAAUUCUACAGAAGAGGAUUUAAAAACCAACAAUGAUGGUUUUUCAUUCAUUUUCCACCUUAGUUUCUCCACUCCUGCGUAAUUAUACUUUGAAAGCUGUGUGGAUGUUUCCUUGUUAACACUGCAACUAAUUUUCUAACCUCAUGAACUCCAUGGGUAGUUGAUCACAUGGCAACAAACUGGUUUGACCUGUAGCCACUGAAACAAUCUCUUCUCCACCUUUGAGCUGCACUGUUUUCCUAUGUAGUCCUUACCAAGAGGUCUCUGCUUUCUUUGGCCUGUUUUUCUUUGAUGAAGGUUGUGCUGAAGGGGAAACUCCACAUUUGCUGAUCCUUUGUGCUCCUUCAACCACAUUCUCUGAUCUACUAAACUUAUGCCAAGUUCAGAUUGCAAUGUAUUAGUAGUCUGCAGGAAGACCACUGAGCUGUGCAUCUGUACUUUAUUUGAUCAUAUUCAUAAAUGUGGAAAGGUCUUGAGGAAGUCGAUCAACUUGACCAGCAAGAGAAUCAGUCAUGCAUGUUUUCAACAAGCUCUCCCGAGAAGGACGCCCAUGCAAGAACUCCAUACUUUCUUGUAAUUUGGUUUCUUGUUCUUCCUAAAAAUGAUAAUAGCCCAACCUGAAAGACAAAAAGCAUCCAAAAGGACAAAUAAAUGGGCAUCAGGUGGAUCAUGUAUUGAAUCAUCAACAUGCAUUUUGGACACCUAAUUUUUACCUUUUGUUUUGCCAAUGUUCACAAUUUCUCUGCAACUUUGCCAAUAGGAGCAAAAAUCUGUCGUUUCUGUACAGUAGAACUCCAACAAAGAUUGGCUAAAUCACAGAAAAAAAAAAAAAUGAAAUAUGGGUCCACUUUGACUUUAAGUUUCUGUUUCAAGGCCAGUAUCAUACACACCACUUUGGACAACAGUGUCUAGAAUCAUUUAAUCAUGUAAAGCGAUGCAGAGGAGACGCCAUGGAACUGGAUCUUGAACAUUUUCAGGAUUGGAAACUUUUGUCCUAAUUCCAACUUGUAAAUCCCUCUUUAUGGGGCUGCUCCUUUGCACUUUAGUUCAUUUGAAGUAGUAAAUUCGGACAAAAGACAGACAGCAUUAGCGUAUCUGUCUCGCCGCUGUAUCUCAUCGUGUCUUUGCUGACUUUGACGUCCCUCGGCCUCUACUAGCGUCCUGACCCCUUCCCGAUUGUCCUUAUUCCUGCUGUUGGAGGCCGAGCAGCCGUCGGACAGAUGUUGUCGGCCAUCAGUGUGAUCAGCAGCAGCAGUGAGUAGAAAGGAUUUAGCCGGUGUUAAGUCUGUGACAGCGGGAAAAAAAAAAAGCAGUCGGCUAAUGUGUCGGUGUCAUGCAACGAUUCUCUGGCAGCAGUUUAUUUCUGCUUAUUCUACAUUUUCACUCUGAUGAUGCACAUUCAUCAUAGUGGAGAUUAAAGGAGCUUGAAAUCGUCGUGAUUGUGGCUGAAGAUCAGCAUGAGUGAAAACUUCAUCUGCACUCUAAGCAGAUUUGGGUAAAACUCAGCGCAGCAAGAAAUCCGUCACGUGUUCCGUCCGGCCUCUGCUGGAUUUGAAGCUCUUAUUGUUUUGUGCCCGGCAGCUCCUUCCUCUGUCCUUUUUGCUGGGAAAUUCUAAUCGCAUUACCUCCAAUAAUUUACAGUAAAACCAUCUACAGUUUACUGACUUCACUGAGGGAUUAUUGGGGCUCGGGAGUGAUUGAAGAGAGACUGACCUAAAAUAUUUGCUUUGCUCGGACAGAGGGAUUGUCUAAAAAAAACGUAGAAAAAAGACGUACAGAUUCUGCAAAAAACGUCGCUAGUUUGACGACUGGCUGACUUGAUAUAUAAAUGUCUGUCUGCAGGGAGGCUUUGCUGACUGUCUGAGAGCGUAGGAGGGAAAAAGUAAAGCAGCUUUGACUUUACUGUCUGAACCGGACGCAGAAACAUGACCCAGACAUCUGACACAGUUUCUGAAGAGGAAGGUCACAGUACGGAGGGGAUCUGAAGAACAUAUACAAGCGGGAAAAUGACAGGAACCUCCAGGAAAUAGAGAGGAAAGGAAAUGUCUCUUGACCAAAUAAGCAUAUUGAGUCCUUUGCAGAAAUAUUUUGCCAGCAAACUUUUUGAUUAGAUUUAUUUCUGUCUUCUAAACAUCAUUCGAAGGGAAAGUUUUUGGAUGUUCAGUGGCAAAGAGGGAUGCGCCCCAGUUUCACUAACCCAUACUACACUUUUAUGAGUAAUCAACUUAAAAACUUGUUUUAAUGCAACCAAUCAUUAAAUAAUUCAAAUACCUUUGAUUGUAAUUCAGUUGUAGUUUGUUGGUUGAACAUAAUUUGAAGUGAAUUUGAAGAAUAUGAAGUUGUCAUAACUCAAAACAAUUGUUUUUUUUUGUGUGGUGAAACAUGCAGUUAAUAAAUAAAGCAGAUACACGCUAAUUCUGUUUGUAUAUUAGUAAAGACAAUUCUAUAUAUUCUUUGAUGACUUUAUACUUAAAGUUGGAUAAAGUUUGACUAAAUCUACUAUUUCUAGAUCACUGAGGCUCAUAACGUUUUCUUCUUUUACUUUUUUUUAAAGAAACUUAUUAAAAUCUGGAUGUGUGGCUCCACUCUGCACACUUGAACUUGAAUUAAAGAUUGUUUAAUUUAUCAGGUAGAAGGAUUCUUAAUUCCAAAGAUGAGAUAUUGUAAGGAAUGAUGACGAUUCAUGAUGCAGAAAAUACAAAACACAACUUGGUGUACGUUUUAUUUUGUUAUUCAGGCUGGAUGGUGAUUUAACAGAAACUCUGUUCGGUCUGUGUGCCUUUUAAAAAUGUCAUGGACUGUUUCUGGAAUGAUGCAGCUGUAAAACUGUGACUCACAUCCUCCAGUAUUCCUGCAGAUGAAUGUGCAGAAGCUUCUUUCUGCACGUUCAUUCAGGUCUGUUUGCUUCCUCUGCUGACCCUGAAUCUGCUGAACCGACAUCAGCAGGUCAGCUCUUGUUGUGACUGAGAUUUCUUAAAGUGCUUUUUUUCCCUGCUUUUGAUAUGACAGAGAAGCACCUGUAAUGUUUCCUCCUGAUGUUUCUAACACGCUCCGGCUUUUCUCCUCCCUCCUGAGCUCCGUUGUGUAACUGCUGUACGUUUCAAAGCGCUUUGCCAGCAGGCCUGUGUGCUCUGUGUGUCGCACAAUAAAAGCAGUUUGUCCCA